AUGUUAUAUUUAUUAAUUCCAAAGUUUAAUAAUGGAGCCCCUAAAUAAAAUUUUAAAGGGAGAUUUAACAAUAUUAAAGAAAUCUUGAGUUUAAAUGCCAGUUUAUAUUUUUUACUUAAAAAUUAUGAAAAAAAAUUAUGCUUUGCAGAACAGUUUUUAUACUUAUUUUGUUUCUCUAAUUUAAAAAAACUUGAAUACAUAAGAUGCUUUGCUUUUGAAAUGAAAAAUUUAGCAACUCAAUUUUUAUCUUAAUUCCAAAAAUAGUUUUUGAUGAUUGUUAUGAUUAUAUCAUAUUUGACUUUGAAUUCAAGAACAAGUCAAGAUCAUAAAUUUCAAUAUUAUAUAAUUUCAUUUUUAAAUAUUAAUUGGUGAAAAUCUCAUUAUAAAUAAAAUAAUUUAUAAUUUUAGAGAGAGAAGAAAUUAGUUACCAAGUAUUCAUUUAAAACUGUGAGAAAUUGAAGGGAAUAAACUUAAUUAAUGAAAUGAAUAAACUUAUUCUCUGCUUGAAUCUAGUAAUGAAAAAAAUCAAUUAUUAACAUCAUUAAUACUGAUAUAUAUAAAAAAUAUAACACAGGAAUUAAUUCUUAUAAGUUUAAGAGAAAUUUAUCAAAAAAUAGAAAUGCCCUUCAUAUCUGCUGAAGAAAGAAGCAAAUCAAAAUUAAAAAACUUAAUUAAUCAAGAUCAUCACAAUAAAUAUAUA